CUUGGGUCCCUCAAAGACCGGAAGUUGCGUCAUGAGGUGCCCGUAUCGUGGCAUUUCCGGCGCGUCAUGGCUCCGUUCUGAGGGAGAAAGAAAAAAAGAAAGGUGGGUCCCCGAAAGGCCCACAUAAAGAAGGACCGGAAGUGGCGUCACGACGUGCCCGCGCGCGCCGUCCUUGCGGCCCUGAGGUGCUAUGGUUCCGCGCUGAGGGGAAAAAAUUUAAAAAAAAAAUACAAAAAAAAAACAAAAACGAAGCUUGGGUCCCUCAAAGGCCGGAAGUUGCGUCAUGAGGUGCCCGCGUCGUGGCAUUUCCGGCGCGUCAUGGCUCCGCUCUGAGGAAAAAAAAAAGAAAGGUGGGUCCCCGGAGGGCCCGCAGGAAGGACCGGAAGUGGCGUCACGACGUGCCCGCGCGCGCCGUCCUUGCGGCCCUGAGGCGCUAUGGCUUCGCGCUGAGGGGGAAAAAGAAGAAGCCAAAAAGCGAAGCGUCCGGCGCUUGCCUGGGCCUGGCCGGCCAUGGCGCCGAUGGGCAUCCGCCUCUCGCCGCUCGGCGUGGCCGUCUUCUGCCUGCUGGGCCUGGGCGUCCUCUACCACCUCUACUCGGGCUUCCUGGCCGGCCGCUUCGCCUCCUUCCUGCUGGGCGGGCCUCCCGCGCCGGCGGCCGGCGGCGGCGGCCUAGUCGACCUGCGGGAGCUGCUGGCGGCCUCGGUGGCGGCGGCCGUCCGCGGCGGCCUGGAAGUGCGUCGGGUCCGCGAAGGCAACCAGCUCCACGCCCGGGCCAAGGGCAAGACCCGCGAGGGGGCGGAGGAGCAGUUGACCAGCGGCGACCUGCUCUCCAACCGGCAGAUGUACUUCCUGCUCAAGGCCGCCUUCCCCGGCGUGCAGAUCAACACCGAAGAAGGUGUGGACGAAAAGGACCCGGAGCCCGUCUCCUGGGACCGCGCCAUCCCCGAAGACAUCGCCAGGCAGGUCCAGCCGAAGUUGGUCCAGGCCGAGAGCGUCACCGUCUGGAUCGACCCUUUGGAUGCCACUCAGGAAUACACAGAGAAUCUGGUCCAGUACGUCACGACCAUGGUUUGCGCGGCGGUGGAUGGUAAACCAGUAAUCGGAGUCAUCCACAAGCCGUUUUCCGAAUAUACCGCUUGGGCCAUGGUGAGCGGAGGCUCCAACAUCCAGCCGCGCCCUUCCUACAACGAGCAGACGCCCACCAUCAUCGUCUCGCGAUCCCACGAAGGCGCCGUCAAGGAGGUGGCCUGGCAGAGCUUUGGGAAUAAAACGGCCAUCAUUAACGCCGGCGGAGCAGGGUAUAAAGUAUUAUCUCUCCUGGACGUGCCGGAAGCCCACCAGGAACGAGCCGACAUCUACAUCCACGUGACCUACAUCAAAAAAUGGGACAUCUGUGCCGGCAACGCCGUGCUGAAGGCCCUGGGCGGACACAUGACCACCUUAGCCGGGGAGGAGAUCACGUACACCGGCUCCGACGCGAACGAGGACGGCCUGAUCGCCAGCGUUCAGAUGAACCACCAGACGCUGGUGGAAAAACUCCCGGGUCUCGCCAAAAACUCGCGAAACUGACCUCCCGUUUUCCGAAGGGGUUUGGGGGAGGAAAAGAAAAACAAAAAACAAAACAAAACAAAGGUACAACGAAUCCCCCGGGGAAAGGUGAGAGACAGGAAGAGGGAAAAAAAAAAAGAAUUAAAAUAAAAAUGUGCUCCUUGAGGACCGGAAACUUGCCAGGGCGGCGUUUGGAGAAGGCGGAAAAGGGGCUCCGUUUUCCAAAUUGGAAUCUCUUGAGACUGUCGUCGUGUCCAGACACUACUGAGAAGUUUGUGUUUUUUUUCCUCUCUAUAAAUAAUCUCGAUGGGUGCUUGAUAAGAACAUUUUGAUUUGUAACGUCCGGAAGGGGAAAAAAAAAGUGGCUUUUUGAAGGUUUUUUUUUUCUUUCUUUUUUUGGAUCUGGAAACCGACCGAUAAAUCUUCUUUCUUUUUCCGGGGGGAUACAAAAGCCGAAACCGAGGCGACUGUCCCAGCGAUUGGAAGUGACGACCACACAAACACACAAAACAAGAAUGGAACUCUUGGGAACAUUAUUAUUGUUAUUAGUUUACGUUUACUUGAAAAUCCAAACCAGCGUCGUGUGGAUGAGCGUUACACUCUUUCUCUCUGUGGCUUUUCAUUAUUUUUUUUAAAUCAGAGGACCGGUUUUCCGUGUGUCGUUGCGCAGGACACUGUGCCCCCCCCCCCAAUGUUGUUGGGACUACUGAAUAUUAUUGCCACGAUAAACCGUUGUGUUCUUCCCCC